GUGAUUAAUUGUGUUAAAGAUAAAAACAAAGUGUGUGAAAAAACAAACAAACAAAUCAAUGUAUCGGUUGUGUUGGAUAGUGGGAUCAAUAGGUGUGUGCCAUAUAGCAUAUCAGUAUCAUUAUUAUAAGCACCGGGAUGGUCGUCGAUAUCAACAACUUUGGUCGUUAAUAAAUAAAACAACAAUUCAAUGGUUAAAACAACAACAACUGAUAGUUGUUGGCAUGAGAUGUGCCCAACAAUUCAUUGAAGAAGAUUUCAUUGCUAGUGUUGCUGAACAGUGUCGUCCGUUUUUGAUGACAGUCUACAAGUUGCCGAUAUCAGGUUCAGUAGAUUUACGCGGCAGUGCCAGUGGUUUUAUAGUAGACAACAAUUUGGGAUUAGUUAUAACCAAUAAUCACGCAAUCUAUGGAAGCGAUUACGCAAAACUCGGUCUAUUUAACGAAUCUCUUAGAUAUUGUGAUGUUUUUAUUGGCGACCAAAACCAAUCAAUUAUCCGAGAAAUGUAUGGCCGAGUUGUCUAUACGGCACCCGAUCGCGAUCUGGCACUCAUCCGAUUGCCGCCCAUUAGGCCCAAUGUAUUACCUGUUUGUCAAUUUUCUACUACCGAUAGCCAACCGGGCGAUACUAUACUAACAUUUUGCGCUUCAAAUGAUCGAUGUUUGCUAUCGAAUGGAUUAGUUUUAACAUUGGAUACAAAAGCAAACUUAAGUUUCCUAAAAAAAUUUCAAACAACUCUUAUUGACGACAAAUGCAAUGUAUUAAUUUAUACUGGAUUUGUUGCCCCGGGUUACUCGGGUGGUCCAGUGAUCAACAUGUUUGGACAGGUAGUUUGCAUAAAUAGCUUAGCUGGACUAGGAAUGUCCGAUCGCAAUAUAGGUAUCACCUCUAAAACCAUUAUGGAUUUCAUAGAUGAAGGCAAAGAGUAUAUAUUGUCUGAAAGUGUUGAAGUCAUGCAUUUAACAGCAAAACAACGAAAGCCUAAACUUAUUAACAAUAAAACAUUGGGUUUAGUUUUAGUGAACAAUCAGAUAAUAGACAUUACAUUUGCGUCACAGACUAUUAGACAAUAUUUAUUGAUUAACGAUGAAAUAGUUUCUUAUAAUAACAUUGAAUUUACAACACCGGAGGCGAUGUCCACAUAUGUCCAACAAUUGGCCGAUAAUGCAGUAAUAGUACUGAACUUUCAACGAUUAUUUGGUUUCGAAAUGUAUACUAUAGAUGUUCAACCCAUAAAUGUUGAACAGUUUAAAUGCUAG